AUGACUGUGUCUUCCACUUCUGAUAUUGAAAUAACCCUCUGGCACACUUGGGCCCUGACUGUCACUCACGAGGCAUGUGAAUAUACUGAACAGAAAUUCAAUGCAGAGAAGACAGGAGGAGACCCAGUUAUACCUUCUCUGAACCUAGACACUGAUCUGGUGAUGGCUUGCAAUCAAUUGGUUGAUUGCCUGAUAAAGGCAUAUAAAAAUCCCAUUCAGAUGCAGAUUGAUGUUGCAAGAUAUAGCAAAUUGAUCUCCCUGAAGGACACCAGGCAUAAUGAAGAGAGAGAGGAGAAGUUGCUUGAGAGGUGUCCUCCUGGCCAUGAGGGCACAAAGUUGGUCGAGAUACCUGCCACAAUUCUUGAUGCAUCCGGUGCCAUCAUUGCAUGGUACAUCAUGGACACCCUGACUGAUGCCACCCAGAAGGAAAUUUGGGCAGCCUCUGAUUUGCUCGCUCCAAUCCUCGAAAAAAGUGUCAAGCUUGAUGGCAAUUGGUGA